AUGAACGGCUCGGCGAACUCGCUGCUGGACAAGGAGGAGCACCCGCUGCAGCUGGGCGAGAGCUUCGAGAGGCGGCCCAAGGCCUCCUUCCACACCAUCCGCUAUGAUUUUAAGCCAGCAUCGAUUGAUACAUCUUGUGAGGGGGACCUUCAAGUUGGUAAAGGAGAUGAUGUAACAAUCACUUUGCCACAUAUUCCAGGUUCAACUCCACCAAUGACUGUGUUUAAAGGAAAUAAAAGACCGUAUCAGAAGGACUGUGUACUUAUUAUCAAUCAUGACACGGGGGAAUAUGUGCUGGAAAAACUUAGUAGCAGCAUUCAAGUCAAGAAAACAAGAGCAGAGGGCAGCAGUAAGAUCCAAGCCCGAAUAGAACAACAGUCUGCCCGAGCAUCUCAGCCUCCUUCACAGUUCAGAGCCCCAACCAAGCCAGCAGUUGGACCUAAAACUUCUCCUUUGAAAGAUAAUCCUUCACCUGAGCCUCAGCUGGAUGACAUUAAGAGAGAGCUGAGAGCAGAGGUUGAAAUUAUUGAGCAGAUGAGCAGCAGCAGUGGAAGCAGCUCAUCGGAUUCAGAAAGCUCAUCUGGGAGUGAAGAUGAAAGCUCCAGCAGUGAGGGGGAAGAGCCAGCACAUGUUUCCCCUUCCCAGCCACCACACCAGCAGUAUAACAACAGGAAUGCUGUUGCUAAUGGCACCAGCAGGCCACAAGGAAGCAAUCAGCUCAUGAACACGCUCCGAAAUGACUUGCAAUUGAGUGAGUCUGGGAGCGACAGUGAUGACUAGAGGCUGAGCUUUUGCUGUUUCUGUUACAUAUACAUGAAGAACUAAUUACCUUGAAGUGAUCCUAUUGCUUACAAAGAGGAGCUGGCACAGAGAUAGUUCCAUGUGUGGAAUUUUAAUAGAAGAAAUGCAUAGCCCUACAAAAUAGCAGAUGUUGAGGGCUGUUUUACUUUGUGAAUUAAGUGUAUAUUUUGUGUAUAUUUUUAUUCUUUUAAAGCUUUAAAUAGAUAUGUACAGUGGGUAAGCCAAUGUAUGUUCCUA